AUGGAGAAAUUUUCAACAUGGAGAGAUAAAGCAACAGGUAUAUCACCAUUUAUGCCUCAUCAAUUUCCAAUAAGUCAAAAUAGACAAAAUAAAUUAAUAACAACCUUACAAAUAAUACUAAUCAAAACUCCAAUAUUUAUUUUAAAAUUCCCAUCCUUUAUACUAUUAACUUUAUUAUAUUAUAUAACUGGAUCAACAAGUUUAUUAAAUUUAAUUUUUAAAUUUAUAUUUGGAUUUAAUGAUGUCAAUUAUUCAGUAGAUGGAAUUAAACGAUCACAAUUGGACAAAUUACAAUCAUAUAAACCUAAAAUUGGAGAUUUAAUAGUUACUAAUUAUUCUUCACCAUUAGAUGGUUUCAUAUUUAAUUUAAUUAGUGGAACUUCAAGUAUCAUAAUUUUAAUACCCGACAAGAAAGGUGAUUUAUAUCAAUAUACCCCAUGGUCAUUAAUUAGUCAUUGUUUUGGCAAGAAUUCCAACAACAGACCAAUUGAAGAAACUUCGAAAUUUAAACAUAAAAUUGUAUUCUUAUUGUUAGAAGGAACUACAUCAAAUAAUCAAUCAAUUUUACCAUUUAUUAAAUUAAAUCCAAAAUAUACAUUUGAUGGCAUUUCUAGUAUUAAGUCAAUGGUUUUAAAAUUUUCUCCAAAUUAUUUUACCAUUCCUAUUCCUAUCAAUAUUUCCAAAUUUUAUUACUUGUUUGAAUUAUUAACUGAUUUUAAAAGUAAAACUUUCAAGAUAAAAAUUUAUAAAUUUGAUAAUUUUAACUUGGUGGAUAUUAGAAAAUCAUUUGAGUUGAAUUCAUUAGCUUUAAUUAAUAAUAAGGAUUUAAGUAUUGAUGGUAAGGAAGAUUUUAUCAAGUAUUAUUUAAAUCAUGAUAUAAAAAAGUAA